AUGGCGGGCGGCGAAGACAUAUGGCGCAUGUCUUCAAAAGUUCAAGUUCAGGCCCAGCUUGAGGACACGACACGACACGACACACACGACCUGGCCGUCACCACCACCACCAUGGCGCCGCUCGUUAAUCAGCCGCAGAUUCGGCAGGCGAGCUUGCACAACCCGCUGCCGCUGCAGCUGCAUCUCUACGUGUGGCCGUUCCUCAUCGUGUGGCCGGCGUUUUCGUCCAUCUACCUGUCGAGCGCGCGCUACGAGCAGUAUAUCCAGUCGCAGGAAUGGACGUUCGUGUGGGUGGCGAGCAUCGUCACGCUGCAGUCGCUCGUCUGGCUGCUCACCCAGUGGAACAUCAACCUCAGGACGCUCUUCACCACGACCAAGGCGGCCGACAUCCGCUCCGCCCGGCUCAUCAAGGUGCAGCCCGUCGAGAACGCAGGCGCCGCUGAGAUCUGCGAGCUGCGCCGCGACAACGCGGGCGGCAAGCCAAACCUCUCGUUCCUUUUCCAGAAGCGCCGCUUCCUCUACGACGCCGCGGCCGGCUCCUUUGCCCCGCUCGCCUACGCCCUCGACAGCGAGCCCAAGCCGCAGCUCAAGACGCUGCAGCAGACGCAGGGCCUCGUCUCGCCCGCCGAGAUGGAGCGCAUCCAGCAGCACUACGGCGACAACGCCUUCGACAUCCCCGUGCCCACCUUCACCGAGCUGUUCAAGGAGCACGCCGUGGCCCCCUUCUUCGUCUUCCAGAUCUUCUGCGUCGGCCUGUGGAUGCUCGACGACUACUGGUACUACUCGCUCUUCACCCUCUUCAUGCUCGUCAUGUUCGAGAGCACCGUCGUGUGGCAGCGCCAGCGCACGCUGACCGAGUUCCGCGGCAUGAGCAUCAAGCCCUACGAGCUGCUUGCCUACCGCCAGAAGAAAUGGCAGGACGUCAUGAGCGACAAGCUGCUGCCCGGCGACGUGGUCAGCGUCGGCCGCACAAAGGAGGACUCGGGCGUGGCCUGCGACAUGGUCCUGCUCGAGGGCGCCGCUAUUGUCAACGAGGCCAUGCUGUCGGGCGAGAGCACCCCCGUGCUCAAGGAGUCGGUCCAGCUGCGCCCCGGCGACGCCCGCAUUGAGCCCGAGGGCCUCGACAAGAACGCCUUCCUGUGGGGCGGCACAAAGGUCCUGCAGGUCUCCCACGGCAACACGGCCGACGACGACGCCAACACCGUCUCGCGCCUGUCGUCGGGCGUGCCCCCGCCGCCCGACAGGGGCGCCGUCGCCGUCGUCAUCAAGACGGGCUUCGAGACCAACCAGGGCAGCCUCGUCCGCACCAUGAUCUACGCCACCGAGCGCGUCUCGGCCAACAACGUCGAGGCCCUCCUCUUCAUCCUGUUCCUCACCGUCUUCGCCAUCGCCGCCUCGUGGUACGUCUGGCAGGAGGGCGUCCGCCUCGACCGCCAGCGCAACAAGCUCCUGCUCGACUGCGUCUUGAUCGUCACCAGCGUCGUUCCGCCCGAGCUUCCCAUGGAGCUCAGCCUGGCCGUCAACACCUCGCUCGCUGCGCUCAGCAAGUACGCCAUCUUCUGCACCGAGCCCUUCCGCAUUCCCUUUGCUGGCCGCGUGGACAUUGCCUGUUUCGACAAGACGGGCACGCUGACGGGCGAGGAUCUCAUCGUCGAGGGCAUUGCUGGCCUUACCCUGGGCCAGACCAACGCCAAAACGAGCCCUGACGGCGCGCACACGGACCUCACCAAGGUCACCGACGUCGGCACACACACCACGCUCGUGCUCGCCACCGCGCACGCGCUCGUCAAGCUGGACGAAGGCGACAUCGUCGGUGAGCCCAUGGAGAAGGCUACGAUCGAGGCGCUUGGCUGGAAGGUCGGAGCCAAGGACACGCUCAACGCCUCGACCACCACCGCCAAAUCCCACGCUGAGCUCGUGCAGAUCCGCCGCCGCUUCCAGUUCUCGUCUGCCCUCAAGCGCCAGAGCUCCGUCGCCACCGUCCUGGUCACCAACAAUAGCGGAAAGAAGGUCCGAAGCACAUUCGUCGGUGUCAAGGGCGCGCCCGAGACGAUCCGGAAGAUGCUGGUCAAUGCCCCGGCCAACUACGAAGAGACGUUCAAGCACUUUACGCGCAACGGUGGCCGUGUGCUCGCCCUCGCCUACAAGUUCCUCGCCGAAGAGGGCGAGUGGGGCCAGAACCGCAUCAACGACCUCAAGCGCGAAACCGUCGAGUCGGAUCUUCACUUCGCUGGUUUCCUCGUCCUGCAAUGCCCUCUCAAGCCUGACGCCAUCGAGGCAUGCCGCGCGCUCAACGAGUCAAGUCACCGCGUUGUCAUGAUCACCGGCGACAACCCACUGACCGCCGUCCACGUCGCCAAGCUGUGCGAGAUUGUGGAUCGCGAAUGCUACAUCCUCGAUGCGCCUGAACACGACGAGUCUGGUAACGCCCUCGUCUGGAAGAGCGUCGACGACAAGGUCAACAUCCCCGUCGACCCCACGCAACCUCUGGCUGCCGACAUUAUCAGCUCCAAGGACAUCUGUAUCACCGGUUACGCUCUCGCCAAGUUUGCUGGCCAGCCUGGCUGGAAGCAGAUUCUCCGCCAUGCGUGGGUCUACGCUCGUGUGUCGCCAAAGCAGAAGGAGGAGAUUCUGCUCGGACUCAAGGAAGGCGGCUACACCACUCUGAUGGCUGGUGACGGCACAAACGACGUUGGCGCGCUCAAGCAAGCUCACAUUGGUGUUGCGCUGCUCAACGGUACCCGCGAGGAUCUCGACAAGAUUGGCGAGCACUACCGCAACACCAAGAUGAAGGAGAUAUACGAGAAGCAGUGCCAGAUGAUGACGCGCUUCAACCAGCCCCAGCCUCCGGUCCCCGUCCUGAUUGCCCACCUGUAUCCCCCCGGCCCCACGAACCCGCACUACGAGAAGGCCAUGCUCCAGCAAGCGCAAAGGAAGGGCCUUGCUGCUUCGGCUAACGGUGCUGUCAACGGCUCGACCGACGUCGCUGCGCCGCAGGAGAAGAAGCCUCUUGGCAUUGGGGAGCAGCUCACCGCGAAAAUGAUGGAGUCGGAACUCGAAGAGCUCAACAGCGAACCGCCCACGAUCAAGCUCGGGGAUGCUUCCGUCGCUGCUCCUUUCACAUCCAAGCUCGCCAACGUUGUCGCUAUCCCCAACAUCAUCCGCCAGGGCCGCUGCACGCUCGUUGCAACCAUCCAGAUGUACAAGAUUCUCGCGCUGAACUGUUUGAUUUCUGCCUACUCUCUGUCUGUGUUGUACCUCGACGGCAUCAAGUUUGGUGACGGUCAAGUCACAAUCUCAGGAAUGAUGAUGAGCGUCUGCUUCCUCUCCAUUUCUCGUGCCAAGACCGUCGAAGCCCUCUCCAAAGAGCGCCCGCAACACAACAUCUUCAACAUCUAUAUCAUCGGCUCCGUCCUCGGCCAAUUCGCCGUGCACAUUGUCACCCUCAUCUACGUGUCACAGUUUGUGCAGCGCGUCGAGCCCAAAGACCCCAACCCAGACCUCGAGAAGGACUUUGAGCCCUCGCUGCUCAACUCAGCCAUCUACCUGCUGCAGCUGAUCCAGCAAAUCUCCACCUUCGCCAUCAACUACCAGGGCCGCCCUUUCCGCGAGUCGAUCCGCGAGAACAAGGCCAUGUACUGGGGCCUCGUAUCCGUCUCUGCCGUCGCCUUUUCGUGCGCGACCGAGUUCAUCCCCGAAAUCAACGAGAAGCUCAAACUCGUCCCCUUUACCACGGAAUUCAAAAUCAUGAUCACCACCGUCAUGGCCGGCGACUUUAUUGCUUGCUACGUCAUCGAGAAGGGAUUGAAGUUUUUGUUUUCAGAUAACAAACCAAAGGAUAUUGCGGUGAGGAGGCCGGAUCAGCUGGAGCGCGAGAAGGAGAGGAAGAAGCUCGAGGAGGUCGAGGCACAGAAGAAGAAGAACGAGCUGAUCGAGGAGAAAGCGAGGGCGGCUGGUAUCGUGCCCGCGUAG